AUGGCCGGAACAGAAGAAUGGUGGCGCGAUGGUGGCACCGGGUACAGCCACCCGCGCCUGGCUGCUAUGGUUGUGGCGACCGGUGCACAGCGGAGGGAUGAUGCUGCGAGAAGAAAAGGCUUGUCAUCACUACAAAAAUGCACAGCUGCGAUUCGCCAAUUGUCUUAUGGAGUCCCGGCAGACCAUCUUGAUGAGCACCUACGCAUGGGUGAAUCAACCACCAUCAAGUGUAGAAUGCUGAUGAUGUUCAACGUCUUCUUCAAAUGCAUAAUGAGAGACACAAUUUCCCUAGAAUGUUGGACAGUCUUGAUUGCAUACAUUGGGAAUGGAAAAAUUGUCCAGUUGCUUGGAAAGGCCAGUUCACGUAAUGAUAUUAAUGUGUUGUACGAAUCUCCCAUAUUCAAUAACGUCUUGCAAGGAAAUGCCCUGGAGAUUAAUUUCACGGUCAACAGGACUCAAUAUACAAAGGGGUAUUAUCUAACAGAUGGAAUAUAUCUGAACUGGACUACUUUCGUGAAGGCUUUUCCUUACCCAGAAGAUCUCAAGAGGAGGUUGUUUAAGGAAAGACAAGAGGCUGCAAGAAAAGAUGUUGAACGAGUAUUUGAGGUGCUCCAAGCUCUCGAUGGGUAA